AUGGCAUCAUUAAAAAUUCUUAUAGCCAUUUCUCGUUAUCAGCCUAUAUGGCAGUGCAUAAUAAAUUUUGGAGGUGUGGAAAUUCUCAUUGAACUUCUAAACAACAUAAGUGUACCUAUUCGGUGUCUUGCCGCAGAAUGUCUUGGUGCUGUAGCAAAAACUGCAAAAGCCAGAUCACUUAUUAGGCAGAAAAACGGAAUUUUUAAAUUACACCAAUAUGCCAUCACGACGCCCAACAAACAAUGGAAAAGAAGUAUUGCAUUGGCAAAAAGUGGGGCCAUAGUACUCUCAGUUUUGUCGAACAGUCGGAGGACCAGAAAAGCAAUGCAACUGUGCAACAUUUUACCUUAUCUUUCAAGACAUCUUAAAUCAACUGAUGUGGUGUUUUUGCAAUCUGUCGUCAAAAUUAUCGGUGAAUUUGCAAAAGAGCAGUUAUACAGGUCUUCCAUUUUAUCGGAAAAUAUGAUUCCUUUGUUAGUACAUGCCUUGAAUUACAAUGACGGAUUAUUGUCUGAAAGAGUGUGCAAAGUUUUUUACAGGGCCUCGGAAGACGAACGAAUUCGACAUGAAGUUUUUAAAGAGAAAGGUCUCGUGUUAAUGAAGAAAAUUUUGGACAAUUGUUCACUUGAUGAUAACACUUUAUUGCCUAUUAUAAAAUCUGUCACUGGAGCUAUAUCGAAAUUGCUACUCUCUCCUGAAAACGUUAAAGUGGUAUCUAAACUUGGUAUAAGUGAGAUUCUUAUACCUAUGAUGAAAAGUAAAAGUAUCAAGAUACUUCUCAACGUUCUUAACGCUUUUAUAGAAAUUUUAAAAGUGCCGGCCAACAGACUAGAGUUUAGUAAAAACAGAGGUUUGCACGCUCUGCUGUCAUUACAAUCCAAUACAAUUCCAUUGGUCCUUAUAUUAGUGAACUAUGCACUAGCUCAAUGUGCUGAAGAGCCAUCUCUUAUCAACAUAAUUAUAGAAAACGAUGGAGUGCGACUGCUCUGGUCACUGUUAACGCAUCCAAAUGAUGAAGUAAAGGCUUCAGCUGCGGUAGCUAUUUGUCCCUGUAUCAAAACUGCUCAGGAUUCAGGAUACAUGGUCAGAAGUUUGGUCAGUGGUUUGGAAAUACUGGUAAAGUUGUUGAAGUCCAACAAUGUAAACGUUUUGGCGUCGGUGUGUGCUACUAUAGCAAAUGUUGUGCAAGAUGAAGAAAACAUUGGUAUAUUGACAGAAUUUAAAGUCUGCUACUUACUAUCAAAAAUACUCUGUGCUCCUAACACCAACACACUGCAAGCCAAUCUUUCGCAAGCCAUAGCUCAGUGUUGCAGAUUUGGAAACAACAGAGAAGUUUUUGGAAAAGAGGAUGUGGUUGUGCACCUAGUUAGAUAUUUGGAUACAGACGAUUAUAGGAUUCAUAAAGCUGCUGCACAGGCACUAUACCAACUGUCGCUGGAUCCAGAUAACAUCAUAAGAAUGCAUGCCGAAGGUUGUGUCAAGCCACUUCUAAAGCUCAUUGGUUCGUCUGAUGAAGAACUGCAAGAAGCAGCAUCUCAAUGUGUCUCAAACAUAAGAAAUUUGGCUUUUGCAAAUAGUAUGGCCAAAAAUGCGAAAACAACAAACAAGAAUUGA